CUUAUACCAGGAACAUGGCGAACACAGAGCUUUUGGCGAUUUAGUCGCGAAAUAAAGUUGACUAUACUCCCGCGUUGGCCUAUUGAUAGUAGGGUGGGUUUUGUUUCCGGGACAUCCUUUCUGAGUGUAACCAUCGCACAUGACACAUCUUCCAACAAGUUUCUGACGACAGCACACUUGUACGGCGGAAUCCAAAGGAAACCAUUGAAUACGAACCUAUAAAACAAGCAAGUAUGGGGAUCGGCACGGAUACCAAAAUCGGGUUCCCACAAGAUAACGAGGAAUCACCAUUGCUUGUGUCGAACCCGUCCCAGUCGACCACCAUCUGUGGAAGUUCCAGCGGCACAGACACUGAAGGCGACGUCGAGAAUGCAGCAGAUGAAUACUCUCCGAAGGCAACGAAGAGGUCAAUAACUGUCAUUAUCACGGCUUUAUUAAUCGGGGUUUUCAUUGCUAACGCCGAUGGGUCUCUACUUUUGGCUACCAAUGGCUGGAUUGCGUCUGAAUUCAAUGAUCUUGAGAAUGCAAGCUGGUUGGUGACGAGCUAUGUGUUGACGUUGUGUGCGGCACAACCCCUUUACAUCAAGCUCAGCGAUAUAUAUGGUCGAAGGACUAUGAUCUUGAUCGCGUAUAGUAUCUUUGGAAUUGGCUGUGCAAUUUGUGCCUUGGGCCAGUCCUUGCUAAUUGUAGUAGCUGGACGGAUUGUUUCUGGGAUAGGUGGGGCCGGUAUGGACUCCUUGGUAAAUAUCUUGAUCACAGAUCUGGUACCCCCGAGAGAUGUUGGGUCCUGGAGAAGCUAUGUGAAUAUUGUAGCUACAACUGGCCGUUCACUUGGUGGGCCAGUUGGUGGGUACCUGGCAGACACAGUUGGAUGGCGAUGGUCUUUCCUUGGACAAUGUCCCCUUACACUUCUUGCAAUCAUAUCAACAUACCUCCUUGUUCCCAAGCAAACCGCAACGCGGACAGGGGAUGUGAAGGAAGGGAGCAAGCUUGCACGGAUUGAUUUUGCUGGAGCAUUCUUGCUGGCGGCCACAAUCCUGUUCUUCCUUCUGCCACUUGAGAUUACAGGAGAGAAAAUACCUUGGACGCAUCCUUUUGUCCUGGGAUUAUUUGCGUCAUCCAUAACGAUGGGGGUUCUCUUCGUGGUCGUUGAGACUCAUUGGGCCAAAGAGCCGAUAUUCCCGCUCAACCUCCUCCGUUCUCGACAUGUCGUUAUCCCAGAUAUUCUUGUAUUUCUUCAAUUGGCUGCACAAUUAGGCAUGAUGUAUACAGUCCCUCUAUAUUUCCAAGUCACCCAGGACGCAUCGACUGCAGUUGCUGGAGCGCAUCUAUUUCCCGCCGUGACAGGCGUUGCUGUGGCAGGGCUCCUUUCGGGCUAUCUAAUAAAAAAGACUGGACGUUAUAAGGCGCUUCUUACAAUUGCCUCAGCCUGCGCAUCUAUAUCGUAUCUCCUCCUUAUUCUCCGCUGGCACGGCCAUACAAACUGGCUAGAGUCAUUAUAUGUUGUACCCGGAGGGUUUGGUAGUGGGAUGCUCAACUCAGCUGCCUUCGUCGCUCUCACAGCGACCAUCAACCGCGAUCAAAUAGCCAUGGCUGCCUCGACAUUUUUUCUAAGCGCCAAUGCAGGCAUGGCUGUUGGCAUGGCAUCUGCAAGUGCAGUUAUACAGAGUGGCCUAAGAAGUGGCCUAGAGGCGAGGCUGGGUGAUAUUCCAAAUAGAGCUCUGGUCAUCAAAAAAUCGAUGUCGAGCAUUGAUUACAUCCAGUCACUCGAGGGAGAUGUAAAGAGCAUCGUGAUCUAAACCUUGGGUUUGCAGUCACUGGAAUUUUCGUGAGCUUGCUUGUGGAAGAGGUUCAAAUAUAGUGGUCAUAAAAUCUUUAGUUGGCCAACAAUCGUAUCAAGUUUCGACGCCUGGGUACGGACAGGAAUGAAAGGUAGUCAAAUUAUGGCAAUGGGCAUACAGCAAGCAAUUCCUGGAAGCAUCACAUUUGGUAUCGGGAUCUCAGAGCCUCUAAUAUAAAAUGUAGAUCAAUAGAAUACAAGCCAUCAGCGUUUGCUAUUGUAUCGAGGAGCUUUCAUAAUACAUCGCCAAAAAAAAC